AUGAACGGCAAAACAUGCAUGUGUUCCUCCAAAGUGGUUCUAUCUCUCCAUCCUGAAACUGACGGCGGCUCUCUCUGGUGUGUGGAUGCGUGCAAACAAACAAGCGGCUGUCGAAGGGGACUCGGGCAGUUGCUGGAGGGAGCGAUGGGAGUAGAAAUAGGUUUAGCUGCAGCAGAUUCAGCCAGCCCGAGCAACAAGCAGCGGAGGGAAUGUGAUCAGGGGCGAUUCGGGCGGACUUAG